UGCCAGAGCGUCUCAUCACUAAGCACUGGGUCGAAAAAAGGAUACUCCCGGUAACAUAAACAUGAAAUAGCGACAGAAAAUGAAUUGUGGACGAUCAGAAACGGCUUCGUAUUUUCUUAUCUGGGUCAGUUGCGAGAGUUUUUCAUAAACCUUAUUUCGGAUUUUUACUUUUACCCUUUCGAACAACUGGAUUAAUUUUAAAUUAUGAUCUUGAUAUUAUUUUAAUAACGUUUUCACCAGGAACGAAUAGAAAGUCGUGACCAGAUAUUUCCCGUCAGACCACUUUUAACGCAAGGAAUAUGGCAAAACAUAUUAUAGACGUCCCAAGGGAUGAUUUAAGUAAGAUAUCGGAGGAAGAACUCCUUAGAUGUAGCAAAGAGGAGCUGCUUUGGAGACUCCGAAAAGUGGAUAACGAAAAGAUUAACUUAAUGGUGGAACAUGGGAACAUGAUGAAGGACGUCAACCGGAGAUUACAAGUGCAUCUCCACGAGAUACGGAGCUUGAAGGAGGUGAACCAGAAACUGCAAGAAGACAACCAGGAGCUUAGAGAACUGUGCUGUUUCUUGGAUGAUGAUAGGCAGAAAGGGAAGAAACUGUCUCGGGAAUGGCAGAGAUUUGGCAGGUACACUGCAAGUGUUGUGUGGAAGGAGGUUGGAAUAUUCCAGCAAAAACAGAAAGAUCUAGAGGCCACACAAGAGAGUGUGCUGAGAGAGAAUGUGGAGUUAAAGGAAAUCAUUGUGAUGUUGGAUGAGGAGAGGAAUGGAGCUGGAUCCAGGAGCUCCAUAGACAGUCAGUCCAGUCUGACCAAUAUGAAUGGUGGUUCUAAUAAUGUUAGAGAUGUUGGAGAUGGAAGUAGUACCUCCAGUACGGGUAGUGCUGGGAGCCCAGAUCACCAUCGCAGCCAUAUGCAUAAGCCUUCAGAGGGCAAAAUAGGGCCCGUCAGAAGGUCUAUGGAUGAUCUGUCCACCAACCAUCUACACAGAAGCAUACCGAAUGGACUCAACGAUUCUUCUUCAAACUACAUCCAUCAACUAGAGACUAAAGUCCGGAUUUUAGAAGAUGGCAACAAACAGUUAUUAUCCCAGCAGGGCAACGUCGGAGAUCUGAAAACACUUCAGAAAGGGUUGUCCUUGUAUCACUCAGAAUCCCAGCUGUCCUCGUUAUCUCAGUACCAGGACACAUUAGAGAACGGGUCUACACGGAUGCCUGGAAGUGAUCUGCCGUCCCCUGUCACAGGCUACCUGCCAGCCGCACAGAAACCCGAGGCUGUGGUACAUGCCAUGAAAGUAUUGGAGGUCCAUGAGAACCUGGACAGGAAGAUCCCAGAGGACUACGAGGAGGAUCUCAGUGAGAAAGAAAAAGCCAUCGUCAGAGAGAUGUGUAAUGUGGUGUGGCGUAAGCUCGGUGAUGCGGCAGGAUCCAAACCCUCCAUCCGCCAACAUCUCUCUGGGAACCAGUUCAAAGGCCCUAUGUAGCUCCCAUGUCAAUGACCAGCGGGGCCCCGAACAAACAAACAAACAAACAAAUCUGUGAAUAUGAUGAGAGGAACAGACAGUCUUGAAACUUUGGGGAAGAGCCACAAAAGAACUUUGCUCCUACUGCCAGCUCUUCUUAGUUUAUGACAUUAAUUUGAAACGUUUCAAACCUAUUACCUACAAUACCAGAUGGCUGUAUAGCUAAUAUGAUGAUCUCACAAUUAGCACAUGCUAAAACAUAGAUCUAUUUAUGUGCAUACCAUUUAAGUAUUUAUAAAAGGCAGCUUAAUGGAUUCAUCUUCAUUCCAGUUAUGGAAAUGAAAGCACACAGCUCUUAGAUCAAUGCCCCAUGGAACCACUCCUACAUGAAAUAGCCAUUUCACUCCAAAAGGUUUUUUUUUUUUAUUUUGGCAAAAGACCACUCCAUCUUAUUCAUACCCUCUAUAGAAGUGCUCCUUCAGUGAGAGACGUAUAUUUAAGCAGUGUCAUAGCUGAAAAAUUAAAUAUACAGGAUAGGUAAUCUUCAGACUGGUUUCAGGUAGUUCCUGGAUUCAAAUGACAUAUUUGCUGCUCAGGUUCCCUGAAAUACAGGUACAUGCUCUAAGAUAAUUCUACACAUUUAUAUCGGUAAAUUCUGCAGUCUGCAAAAAGGCAGAGAAUAGCUCAUUAUAAGCUUAGCAUAAUGUAAGUAAGCUUAAGGUUCACUUACCAUUUAAAGGAACAGUUCACCCAAAAAUUAAAAUUCUGUCAUUAUCUAAUAACCCUAGUGUCACUCCAAACCUUUAUGAUUUUCUUUCUUUGUGGAACACAAAAGGUGAAAUUUAAAAAGCCUUCACAGUUUCUUUUGGUAUAAUGCAAGUGAAUAGUGACUUCAGUCUGUCAAGCUCAAAAAGGACCCAAAAAAAUCAUAAAACCAUAGUAAAAGUAAUCGAGGUGAAAAAAGUGAUUGUAUCGCUUCAGAAGACUUGGAAUAUAGUGCAUACAUUGUAUUGAUUACUUUUACUUUGGUUUUACAGUGUUAUGUGUCCUUUUUCGAGUUUGACUGGAGUCUCUAUUCAUUUGUAUUAUGGCAAAUAAACCAUGUGAAGACUUUUAAAAGUUUCUCCUUUUUUGUUCCACUGAAGGAAUAGUAAUUAAAUGACAGAAUUUUCAUUUUUGAGUGAGCUAUACCUUUUUAGACCAUUUAGUCCAGUUUUGUCCAAACAAUCCCUAUAAAUGUCAUUUACUGUAGCUCAAACUUUCAGGUCACAAAGUUACAUGGCAUACUGUAUUACUAAAAAUUCUUUAUAUUCCAAAUUGACAAUCAUAAUUAAUUGAAGGCUUUCAGUGUCUUUAUGUAUGUUAUCCUUUAUAUAAAAGAGAAUGGAUUUCCAGUUUAAAUUAUUUAUGUCGUUAAGCCCUUUUUCUUUUAAGAUGGCCCAAUAUACUGCUUUUUAUCGCAAAUGAGACCUGCAGUUAUGGUCAUUACUGUAUGCAGUCCUUAAUUUAAAGUACUAUUAAAGCUGUAUGAGUUGUAAAGAUUAAGUCCUGUAUUAAAACAACUGGAACUGUAGUAUUUUGUGUAUAGUUGAGCUUCUAGAUUCUGCAUUGAUUAGGUGCAAUAGACCAGUAUGUUCAGUGCUAAAGUAAGUUGCUACACUGAGCAAAGUCUUGAAAGUAUGGGAGUAUUGCAUAUUUUUUAAUUCAGCCUGGAAUAGCAAUACUAAUUCCAGUUUGCAGUGUAAGGUCUCAUCAGAACAGUAUUUCUGAAAGCAUUUAGAAGGUGAUGAAACUUUAACACAUGCAAUUUUAAUUGCGUAGUCUGCGAUUGGACCUCAGCCAAUCACAUUCUUUUCUACCCUUGUUCCCAGCUUUAUCAUUUCUGCAUUUACUAAAUUCUUUAUUAAAUCAAGCCAUAUGUGCUAAUAAAUACUGGAUAAAUUGUGAGAAGUUUGGUAUGAGGUUUGUAUUGUUAAUCAUAGGGAUUUUUUGGCUGUGAAAUGUCAAAUUUUGCUCCAUAGGCCUAGUACAUGAGACUUUCUUUUGGGCAACAUCUUUUUGUAUGUAUAUGAGAUAUAGCAAAGUCUUGCGUGUACCAGGGCUAUAUACGAGUCGAUGAAUGGAAACUUGUAGUUGAGAACUCAGUAUAUGAUGUAUCUUUGAGUUUUGUGUGUUAUAAUUCAGAUCCAUUAUCUGAGUAUGCAAGAACUGCCUCAAAAGAUACUUGUUGCAUUCACACAAAAGCUCUGUUUUGAAAAUCAGUGACCCUAUAAGCCAUAAUUUUGUAUUAUUUUGUUGAAAUCAAAGCUAUUUUGAGCAUAUUAGAAAUCCCUUGACCAAACAAGUUAUUUUUGUAUUAAACUUGUUGAAAAUUGUAUAUUUAUGAGAGCACUUUCAUGGUGCUAGCUGAAAUCACAUUCGUAUUGGAUGGAUUUGUUCACCUUGGAUGCAGCAGGCGGAUUUUGGCAGUGUGUUAACUUUUUUGUUUUACAAGUAAGCGAACGAAAUGAGCAGCAAACAUUUGAAAAAGGAAAGAAAAUAAUUACAACAUUGUUAUGAUGGGUACUUUAUGAAUUUGGGUCAGUAAACUUUGCAUGUUCUGUUAUCAAGACAAUACACUGUAUAUAUUGCUGUAAAAGUGUGUAAAUGUGAACACAAAAUAAUACACUCUUAAAACUAUUUUUUGAAAAAGUGUCCUUUAUAAACAGAUCUAGACUACACAACUACUGACUUUUUUGUAUUUGUUCAUUUUAAAGCACAAAGGAAUCAGAAAUGCUGGUAGUUUCCACUUUUUUUAUUUUUUUUUUAUUUUCUUCAAAUACACUGCAUUUUUUGUGAGAGAAUUUGAUGUUUGAAUCUUUCAUGAAAUUCAAUGUGUAACCUGUCUGUAUGUGAAACACUCAUAAAGUCAUAUUCUAGGGCAUACAGUUCAGCGCUAUGUAAAUAACUAUUACUGUAGAAAUCCUGUAACUAGCAUGCGUUUAUAUAUUUUUAAUAAGCUGUAUGUAGCUGAGAAUUGACCUGUAUUUUAGCAAAUAAACAAAAAUGCAA